AACUCGGUGCGAAACCACACCACCCAUCGCCACCACCAAUCAAUCCAUCACGUUAGCUGCACCUGCGCCUCUCCUUGAGGUCGCGCAGCCAGCAAUGGCGUGCUCCAAAGCGGUGCUGCUCGCCGCGCUCCUAGCCGUCGCAGGAGCGCUCUCCUCCGCUGCGGUGUGGGAGGACUACGACCACCACAUGUACCACAAGUGCUACAGGUCCUGCAUGAGGAAGUGCGACGACGACGAUGCCGAUGAUGCCUUGAAGAAUAGCAUCAGCCCCGUUGUCACCUCUGUGUCCGAUGAUCACGACCAUGACGACGAUCACGACCACCACGAUGAUCACAACCACGACCACGACGACCACCAUGAUGAUCACGACCACGACCACCAUCACGAUGAUCACGACCACGACCAUGAUGAUCACGACCACGACCAUAAUGACAACCACGGCGAACACCAUGACGACGACGAUGAGGAUGACGAUUACAACUAUUGCCGGGUGGAGUGCAUCGAGGACUGCAUCGACUACGUGCCCGGCAUUUGUUACCGCCACUGCGUCUCCUACUCCUGCCUCUACCUGCCACCGUAUAGCUACCGGAGAGCAGCUUGCUUCCGGCGAUGCGGCCACAGAUGCUAUCACCAUGACCAUCAUCGUCAUCACCACCAUCACCACCACCACCAUGAAGAUGACCAUGACGAUGACGAUAACGAUGACCACCACGAUGGCCCAACGCCAAGCCCACCUAAACCUGAACCCAAGCCGCAACCACCAAAGCCAGGGCCGACGCCCAAGCCGCCGAUGCCUAGUCCAACGCCAGAGCCACCGCCCCCAUACAACAGAAGCCAAGUACACGCCGAAACUGCCGCAAAAGCCGUCUUCGUCUAGUACACCACGCACCGAUGCCGCCCAAUACUCUGCAGUCACCACCAAAACAGGCAUCGUCCACUGAACCGAGGAACCAAAACUAGCACUGGCACCUCAAGCUACCCACAACAGUUGAUGGAUAACUCAUAACUCAUUCAUGCAUGAUUAGAAUACACGAGGAUUAUCUAGCUCAACUGGUAGAUGUAGUCUGUAGAUUGGGCAUAAAUAAAUCUGAUAUAAUAAGCCUAGUUCUAUAGAUCCAUGUCUGCAUGAUGUACUUACUGAUCGAAUGGCCAUAAUAUAGUGUAAGAAUUCCA